CGUGACAUCUCACAUUUGGGUAGCUAGCUAGAUCGGGGCCUGUGAUUUGCAGUACUCCUAUCAGGUAGCUUGCUAGAUCGAUUUGGUUCUGAGCUGCUCGCUACUACUUGACGAAGGAGCGAGCCAAUGACAAUUGCCGCCGUGGUGACCGCGCCCACGACCGCGCCAGUGCACGUCGCGCCCGCGGUCCAGCCGCGCACGGCGCCGCGACGGGAGCCGUCGCCGCUGAACCGGAGCACGCAGGGACAGGCGCUCCGCUCGGCCAGCCCCGGGGGUUCCACGGCGGCUGCGGCGGAUGGCGCCAGGGCUCACAUCGCCAACCUUGACCGGGUGCUCGGGAAGCCGCCGCAGGUGCCGAGGCAGGAGGAGCAGGACAGCGAGCAGGAGACGCUCAACGUCAGGCACGGCCUGCUCAACGCGCUGAACCUGUCCUUCUUCGUGCCCAUGCCCGGGAUGAGGACGCACACCGCGGCCGACGAACACAUGUCGCCGCGCAGCCUCAUGCACAUGCAGCAGCUGCUCUCGGUUGACUCCCCGCGAGCGUCACCGAGGUGCACCAUCGCGCCGCGGUGGCGUAGCCUCCACGGGGAGGGCGGCUGGGCCGGCCUCCUCGACCCGCUCGACUCCGACCUCCGCCGCGAGCUCCUCCGCUACGGCGACUUCGUGCAGGCGGCGUACCAGGCCUUCCACUCGCUGCCCACGGCGUCGGCGAGGCACCGUGGGCUCAUGCUCCCCGACCGCUCCUACCGCCCGACGCGCAGCCUCUUCGCCACCUCCGCUCUAACAUUGCCGCCGUGGGCCAAGCGCCCCAACACUCCCGAGUGGCUCACGCAGCAGUCCAACUGGAUCGGCUACGUCGCCGUGUGCGAGUCCGAGAGGGAGGUCGCCCGCAUGGGCCGCCGAGACAUCGCCAUCGUGCUGCGCGGCACGGCCACCUGCCUCGAGUGGGCCGAGAACCUCCGCACCUCGCUUGUGCCCCUCGACGGCGAGAGCAGCGACGGCCCGGACAGGGGAGCGGAAGAGCCCAAGGUGGCGCGGGGCUUCUUGAGCCUGUACAAGACGGAAGGGGAGAAGACGAAGAGCCUCUCGGCCGAGGUGAUGGACGAGGUCCGGCGCCUCAUGGAGAAGUACAAGGGCGAGGAGCUCAGCAUCACCGUCGUCGGACACAGCCUCGGCUCCGCCCUGGCGCUCCUCGUGGCCGACGAGGUCGCUUCGUCCAUCCCUGACGCGCCCCCCGUCGCCGUGGUCUCCUUCGGCGGGCCGAAGGUGGGCAACGGCGCGUUCGUGGACAGGCUGAAAAAGAGCGGCAAGGUCAACGUUCUGCGCAUCGUCAACGCCGGCGACGUGGUCACCAAGGUGCCCGGUGUGGCGCCGCAGCUGCCGCUCAAGAAGCAGCAGUACCAGCACGUAGGCGCUGAGCUGCGCAUCGACAGCAAGAACUCGCCGUGCCUCCGCCCGGACGCGGGGCCCGCGUGCCGGCACGACCUGGAGGCGUACCUGCACCUCAUCGACGGGUUCACGGGGACGGGACGACCCUUCCGGCACGACGCGCGGCGCAGCGUGAUCAGGCUGCUGCAGCUGCAGAGGGGCAACGUCAAGAAGGAGUACGUGAACCGCGCGCGCGAGCUCGGCGUCGACCCCGCCGCGCCGGCGGACGUUGGCCGGAGCAUUGCGUACGGCAACUGCGCCGUCGCGAGCCCCUCGACGUGACGGGAAUCACGUCUACUUCAGUGGACCUUCUUGUAAAUUUUGUAGAAGAAGAAUUAUUUCGUUAGUUGCGGGUGCGAGCGGGGAAAUCUCUCUCAUUUUCGUUUUGUUUUUUCGAUAUCGAUGCAUGUACACGAAAAUUAAGCAAGCGUAAGUGCGCGACGUAAUCAAUUAAGUGAAAGCUUGACCCUGGCACAAGAAGUUUGUUCACUAGUUCACUUCUUUUGAGAGAGACCGACUCUCCUAUAUUGUCGAAGUCUCCAAGACAAGUAGGAAUUUUUCAA